GGCGUGCUGGGGGGGGAACCGGGGGUUCGCUUUCCCCACAACCACAAACGCUUUUCUCAAAAUGGAGCCGCUUGCCCCUCCUUCUCUCUUGGGCCUCAAGAGCGGGAGCCAGGCUGCCUAGGCCUGGCUUUCCAGACUCCGGGCCCUCAGAGCCCAGCUUCCCGUCUCUCUGGCUUUGGGGGCCCUUGCCUGCGUGGCUUCAGCGACCCUAACUCAUGGGUCUGCCUCUAGUUCCUCGUGUCUGAGUCUCUUGGCCUCUUUGUCUCUUGACUUGUGGUGUCUGUCCGACUCCUGCGGCCCUUGCCCUUCCUUCUGGACCUCACUUUCCGUGUACCCUGGAGUGGGAAGUGUGAACAGGACAGUGCCAGCCCUUUCCCACUCUCCCCUCCAUCCUGUGGAGCCAUCUCUACCCCCGGGCCCGACCUUGGGGGUAAUCUCAGCUCCUGGCUCAUCUAGUUCGCAGUAACUCCUCCCUCGGGCUGGACUUGUGUGAUUUCUCAGUCUUAACACUUAGGGACACUUAAUGGAGGACAACAUAGAAAGACCAGAAUGGGUAACGAGGUCAGAUACCACUGUGAGCUCACCUUUCCUCACACCUUUAAGUUUAAAAAGAAAAAGAAAAAAAAAAGAGGAUUUUAAAAAGGGGGGAGGAACUUCCAUCCACCCAGGUGGUCUUGAAUAUCCUCCAGGUCCCAACGCACCCCCAGAAAUGCUCACUCAUACAAGUUACUCCAAAUGUGCCCUUCACACACCUUCCACACAGUAAUUGGUGUAACUGUCCUGGCAGAAAUGAAGACGUCCUACAGAGACACUGUCUCUCAGUCUAUGAGAGGCUUGAAACAAUGCACCCCAAAGAAGUGAGGCUUUCCCUAGGAAUUUCAUACUGAGAAAAGAAAAUGGCUUCUUGAGGAUGGUGACUUCAACCGACUUGGGACAUAGACAGUGACCCCAAGUUUGGUGACAUUCACACAAAAACUCACAUAUAGGUGGACAAACUGGUAUUAUCUGCCCAAACAUUUUCUUGUCAUAGAGUCACAUUCAGACCCCAUGGAUUCAUUUCUUACAUAUACAUUAAUAACUUUUGUGUACUUUUGCAGUAAUAAAACUCACAGUCUUGUAAGACAGAAGGAUUCACACAUUCAGCUGGCUGUGGUGGCACAGGUUUAGAAUCCUAGCCCUUUGAAAGCUGAGGCAAGAGGAUCCAUGAGUUUGAGGCCUGCCUGUGUUCAUAGCACAGCCCUGUUUCAGUCAUGUCCCCACAUCUCUCUCUCUCACACACACACACACACACACACACACACACACACACACGUGUACGGAUGUACUGACAUCUGUCAAAACACGUCUACUCACUGCGUAUUUUCAUCCACAUUUUCACAAAUGCUGCUCAUUUUUAUGCUUCCACAGGUGUGCUCACACCCACAAGUAAAUGCACACACUCUUGUGGAAUUCUCUGUUCACUUCUUGGCCCCUGCUCCACAUGAUGACUUCAGCAGAUGCCUAAGUCUUGGUCAUCAGCAGCCUUGGGACUGGGCGGGAGUUCCGGGUUGGAGGCUUGCUGUCCCUUCCGGGAAGGAGCAAGACCGGGGAGGUGGAGCCAUCUUACUUGAGAUCUGACCAGAGGUGGUAAAAUCCCAUAGGGGUACUCUGAAGAGUAACUGAAGCAGGGAGAUUUGUAAAGGUUGACACUUGGCUGGGGUCUGUGUAGGCUCCCUUAGUCCUGAGUGGAUGGCGGAGCUAGGAGUUGUCAUGGAAACAAGCAUAACCAGCAUCAACCUCUGGGAGGUAGGAGACCCUAGGGGGCACCUGUGGGUUCCCGAGACCUGUGAGCUUUCCAGUUUGGCCAGCUCCACCCUUGCCGCCUCCAUGUCUGGGAGAAACUGAGGCCCAGCAGUGGGAAGCUGGACACUGCCUGGCUGUGGCUCUUUGUUCCCUAAUUACCAUUUGAGUUGGUGAUUGCAUCCCUGACGUGUCCUCUGCCCAAACAGCCCAGUAAUGAGGCCACCUGUCCCAGGAGAGUAGGGGCCUGUACUGGGAGUAGUUAGGGAUCUCUGCCCAGUCCGAGUCUUGGCCUUUAUAGGGGAUGCAGGUUAGGGCUUAAGACUGGGUCUUCCCUGCCAGGGACCUGCAUAACCACCUGGGUCUCCUAUUCCUUCAUCAUCUCUGGCCAAAUUAUUCCUUAGCCUUGUCCAGACUAGAGCUGGGUAGUGGUAUAAGGCCCAGGGAAAACUGAGGUUCAUGCCAGUUCCUGGAGUGGAAGCCUUGUUACUCUGUUGGGAGUGUGCUGUCUGGAGGAAGGGGUCAGGAGGCGGCCUGUAGGGGGAGAGAACUCAAGGUGCAGGGGCUCUGACACCAAUGCCCUGCUCACAGGUUGCCCUGGAGGCCCCUGGCCAGGCCUGAGCCUCUGCCACCAUGGCCAUUGUGCACACACUACCAGUGCCAUUGGAGCCCGCACGUGAGACAGCCACUGCCCCACAAGCUCCAGCCAUGGGCAGCGUGAGCAGUCUUAUCUCAGGCCGGCCCUGUCCCGGGGGAUCUGCUCCUCCACGCCACCAUGGUGUCCCUGGGCCCACCUUCUUCCGCCAGCAGGAUGGGCUGCUACGGGGUGGCUACGAGGCACAGGAACCACUCUGCCCAGCUGUGCCACCCAGGAAGGCUGUCCCAGGCACCAGCUUUACCUAUAUCAAUGAGGACUUCCGGACAGAGUCACCUCCCAGCCCGAGCAGUGAUGUUGAAGAUCCGAGAGAGCAGCGGGCGCACAAUGCCCACCUCCGUGGGCCCCCACCAAAGCUUAUCCCUGUCUCCGGGAAGCUGGAGAAGAACAUGGAGAAAAUCCUGAUCCGGCCAACAGCCUUCAAGCCAGUGCUACCCAAACCUCGGGGAGCACCGUCCCUACCUGGCUUCCUGGGUCCUCGAGCUGCUGGGCUAUCUGGGAGUCAGGGCAGCCUGACACAGCUGUUUGGGGGGCCAGCCUCCUCUUCCUCGUCAUCGUCUUCCUCCUCUGCUGCUGACAAACCCUUGUGGGCUGGUGGCUGCCCAUCGGGAACACUGUCAGACUCUGGCCGGAAUUCUUUAUCCAGCUUGCCCACCUACAGCACCGGAGGUGCUGAGCCGACCACCAGCUCUCCAGGUGGGCACUUGCCCACCCACGGCCCUGGCCGAGGGGCGCUGCCUGGGCCAGCCCGAGGGGCUCCUACUGGGCCCUCCCACUCGGACAGUGGCCGAUCCUCCUCCAGCAAAAGCACAGGUUCCUUGGGGGGCCGUGUAGCUGGGGGGCUCUUGGGCAGUGGUGCCCGGGCCUCCCCGGGCAGCAGUUCGGGUGGAGAUCGCUCUCCGCCCCCUCCACCCCCUCCACCCCCUUCGGAUGAGGCUUUGCUACACUGUGUCCUGGAAGGGAAGCUUCGAGACCGAGAGGCAGAGCUGCAGCAGCUUCGGGACAGUAUGGAUGAGAGUGAGGCUACCGUGUGUCAGGCAUUCGGAGCGCGGCAGAGGCACUGGCCACGAGAGCGGGAGGACUGUGCGGCCCAGGCGCAGCAGGCCACACAGCGUGUCCAGCGGGCCCAACAGCUGCUGCAACUGCAGGUGUUCCAGCUGCAGCAAGAGAAGCGCCAGUUGCAGGAUGAUUUUGCACAGCUGCUUCAGGAGCGAGAGCAGCUGGAGCGUCGCUGUGCUACCUUUGAGCGGGAGCAGCGGGAACUGGGGCCACGGCUGGAGGAGACCAAAUGGGAGGUAUGCCAGAAAUCUGGUGAGAUCUCUCUGCUGAAGCAGCAACUGAAGGAAUCUCAAGCAGAGCUGGUACAGAAGGGCAGCGAGCUGGUGGCGCUGCGGGUGGCCCUCCGAGAGGCCCGGGCUGCCUUGCGGGUCAGUGAGGGCCGAGCCAGGGGCCUGCAGGAGGCCGCCCGAGCCCGGGAGCUAGAGCUGGAGGCCUGCUCCCAGGAGCUACAGCGGUACCGCCAGGAGGCCGAGCGGCUCCGGGAGAAGGCUGGGCAUUUGGAUGCGGAGGCAGCAGGACUCCGGGAGCCCCCUGUGCCUCCAGCCACCACCGACCCUUUCCUCCUGGCAGAGAGCGAUGAGGUGAAGGUGCAGCGGGCAGCAGCUGGGGCAGGAGGGAGCCUGCGGGCUCAGGUGGACCGCCUUCGUCAAGAGCUGCAGCGGGAGCAGCGGCGAGGGGACGAGCAGCGGGACAGCUUUGAGGGGGAGCGGCUGGCCUGGCAGGCAGAGAAGGAGCAGGUGAUCCGCUACCAGAAGCAGCUGCAGCAUAACUACAUCCAGAUGUACCGGCGUAACCGGCAGCUGGAGCAGGAACUGCAGCAGCUCAGUCUGGAGCUGGAGGCCCGGGAGCUCGCCGACUUGGGCCUGGCUGAACCAGCCCCCUGCAUCUGUCUGGAGGAGAUCACUGCCACCGAAAUCUAGGCUUUGCAAGGGGCACAAGCCACAGGACCACCUGGGUCCCAGGAUCCACUGAGCACUGCAGGACUCGCAGCCAAGAGGCCUCUGCCAAGCAUUCAGGUGGCCUUGUGACUUGAAGGAGCAAGAUCAGACCCCUUGAAGUCCCAUUCACAGCCCCAGAGGCUCCUGCCCACGCCACCAUUGCACUCCCCAGCGGUCAGUGCCACUGCCAGCUGUUUGUCCCCAGAUGUCUGCCAGCCUACUCCAGCUGGGGAGAGAAAGGGGCUACCCCAUCUCCACAUUCUACCUGCCUAAAGCCAGAGAGAGCCAGAUGGCACCAGCUGCUCCAGAUGUGCCUGCCCCCAACAUGCCCAGGUGGAGGGACAGGGCUAGGGCUGGGGUCUGAUCCCCAUGUCCCAGCUCUGCAAGCCUCUUCUGGACUGAGGGGGCUGAAGUCAGACCAAAGGAAGAACUCAGCAAUGUCUUGUUUAUUUGUGUUCGUGACCAAGCAGCCCCUCUGAAUACCAGGUUUAUGGCCUCCUUUUCACUUGUAUAUUUUUCACACUGUAAAUUUCUUGUACAAACCCAAAGAAAAAAUUUUAAAAAAAAGUUUGUUUUUAAAAAAGUAUGCUGGAUAAAGAACUGCAGGCAAACUUUUCUGACA